AUAAUCCGUCCUGAAUCCUGUUUGUGAGCAAAGUUGAUUUUGGAUUAGAAAGAAGUUGAAAUUAAUUAAGUGUGAGGAUGGGAAUUAGAGGGAGCUUAGUGUUAGCAAUGUUGGUGCUUGGUGGCAUCUCAGCUGAAACUGAAACAGAAGGCAUAUUAGGAACACCAACUCCAUUUGAAUGCGGUGAUAAUAUGGCAAUUGGAUUGAAUUGUGGCAGGUAUGUGUCACGCAUUGGGCCAAAGGAACCGCCAUCACCAGCCUGCUGCCAAGCCCUGGAAGGUGCUGACAUUCCCUGCCUAUGCCAAUAUUUUACUAUUUACGCUCUUCUCUUCAGCUUAGAAAAAGGUGUCUAUGUGCUCAAUUCCUGUGGAAUCCCAGUUCCACCCGGAACCCGCUGCGGAAGUUACACUUUCCCUCCUGCUCCUGCUCCUGCUCGUCCGGAGAAUUGAAGACUUCCCUUGGGAUCCAUAACUAACUAAAUAAGUCCAACAUGCAUGGCUCCUGCAUGCCGUAUGCGUCAUUGCGUUUCACUAUUUUCCUUUUUAAUGGUUUAUAAUUAUAUUUCACUAGUUUAUAUAUGUUAGAUACUGAGUUCAAUGUUAAUUGAGACAACAGUGAUAUAUCUUUUUCUAUGA